AUGCGAUUUCUCCUCUUGCUCAUUGCUGUCGUUGCGUUCAUUUGUCAAUUUGGAUUAUUGGAUGCUAGAAAAGCCGCCUCCACCCUCGUAGCUACCGAAGCGCAAACGAACUGCACGGGUCCUAAAGCGAAUUGCACGGGUGACGGCUUCAUGUUCCUCUCUGAUUGGGCGGCAAAGGCUGUUGGCGGGCUGUUCGCAUCGCUCGGCGAC